AUGACACGGAUGACACGAAGUACCACUCCGCCGCUGAGCAAUGGCUCAACUUCCAGCUCGGACGACAGUCCUCUCGAGCAAGCUCCUAGCUCCCAGCUUCCUGAUUAUGACUUUGCCAUUGGCAGCGCCACCAAGUCAAAUCCGUCGAACCAAGUUGAUCAGAUCACCGCUACUCUCAACAACGCUGCGAUCAAGAUCUGCGAUGGCCCCGGUCUCAAUGACCGAGAACGCCAAGAGCUCGGCAAGGCGCUCAACGAUGGCAUGAAAGUGGGUCUUAGCAGCGCAGUCAAGCACGUUUGUUCUCUCGACCACCUCAAGCACCAUCUCAAGCUCCUCGACCUCUUCGACCGCCUGCGUCAGGCUGUACACGACGGCACCGAGUACUUUGACUAUCCUUCCUGCCACCACGAUGCAGGUCACAUCGACGAGCCAGGCAUUGACGCUCCUCCCCCGCCCUACGCCCCCAGUGCAGAACCCGUCCCGGAUAUCAACCCAAAGACGGGCCACAGACCCACUCAACAGGAGGCUGAGCAAGCCGAAGCCGAGUUGAGCCAGCAGCUCCUUCGAGAACGUCGCUGGAACAUCUUCCUCAAUCGUGCCGCCUAUCGCCUCGAGCUGUGGUGCACCAACAUCCUAGCCUCCGAGACGCUCGCCAAACACUACAACACUGUCCUCAAGGUGCAACGCCAACAGGACGGUUCGAAGUCAGAGUUCGAUGGCUUCGAUCUCCCUGAUUUUGCCCUCCCACCUAUCGACGUUGCUCUCGUGCUCCAUGCUUAUCACCUCAACCCGCUCUACAAGGAAGAGGAGUCUCAACGUCUUCGCAGCCGAUACAGCCUCUCACUCUUCAACUUCCCGCUGCAGCAGCUCACCAAGCGCAUUCACCCAACCCUGCCCAUAUUUAAUGACGUCGAGCUCGCCAAGACUUUCUGGAACGAGUCUAUCACCGCGAAGCGAUCAAAGCAGCCGUGGGACCUCAGCCUUCAGCCGCCUCCGGGCCACCCCACCAACGCACAAGAGACGUAUGGCGGCACCAUCUUCGGCCUUCGCAUCGACUGCCCACGCUGCAGAGCUCCUCAAUUCAUCCCUUGGACCGGCGUUGGUGACCAGCCUCACCAAGUAGGCAUUGGAGAAACUGGCUGGCAGCGAAAGUGCUCCAACGUGGCCACCUGCGGCCAGCCCAUCUCCGCCGAGCAUCUGCAGAUGCGCCGCUUCCUCGAUGACUACGCCAUUUGGCGCAAAUCACCUGGUCGCCCGCACGCCAAUAAAGGUGUGUUCUUCUUGGCCGGCACCAUGCUCGGUGAUAUGUACAGGAAGCGUCCUUCUCGAGAUUACUUUGGAGAGGCCCUCCUCCUUCCUAUCUUUCGCCACGAGAAGCCCAUCGAGGCCACUGCAUCCAAAGAACACACGCCUACCAGGGUCACCGACCUCCAGGAAAUCAACAACAUUGCCGCCCGAUGCGACUACAACAUCAGUACCUUCCGCAAGUGGUUCGAAGGCCGUUGGUUGAGCUCGGCCGUGUCGCCCAGGAUCAAGUUGGCCGAAUACAAGGCUCAGCAGAUGGCACGUAUUGCCGUCCUCAUGCGCUGCUACCAGAAUGGCAACGCCGCGGCUUACGGCGAAGGUCUCUGCGACGUCGUUGAUGCCGUCAAGCGUCAGACCAGCUUCAACAUGGAGAUGGACAAGCUCGGAUGGUCCAAGCAUCAUCACCUUUUGGAUUCAGGUGCGCUCGACGACGUGCUCUCUCGAAGUCUGAUUCGCUACCACAAAUUUUUGGAUCUCAUGGCUGCGACCCACACUCUGCUGACGCCCACCUUGGACAUUGAUCUCUGCUGGCACACGCACCAGCUGCAAUCGCGAUACUAUGAGCACACCUUUCAUCUCGUCGGUCGCUUCAUCAAUCACGACGACGCCAUCGAGACGGGCAUUCUCAAAGAUGCUUUCGACCGCACUGCCUCGCUGUGGAAGCAACGUUACAACCAGCCUUAUUCUCUAUGCGGCUGUGUAUACAACAGUCCAGGUACAAUCAAGAAGCUCAAGAGUCUGCUUGGCAACAGCAGCACCGGUGCUGCCACGGAGCCGGCCGCUGCAGCUGUGGAACAAGCGAGCUCGGCCAAGGGAUCCGGGUUCACCAGUCGAAUGAAGGGCAAGUGGAGAGCGGCCAAGGAGUUGCCUGGCGACAAGCAGGACGACAGGACUGCCUGGCAAGACGCCACCCAUCCCAGUGCCCACUCUGCCGUCAUUGUCAAGGAGGAGGAGCAUCGUCACGACAAGCUUCGCGAGCAGAUGGUCAAGGAAUGGGCGCAGGGCAAGCGUCGUGAAGGCCACGAAAGUGCAUUUGUGUUUGGCUACAACACCCCUGGUCUCUACCCCUUCUACUACAGCCCGCUCUACACUUCGCACUACGUCUCGAGAGGAUCGACCGGCGAUGCUACCAUCAAUGCCUACAGCAUGUAUGGCGUCUUUGGCCUCUCCGCCGUCUCUGGUAUCGGCGCAGGAGGCAUGAUGGCAGGCACAGCCUUUGGCGCCGGUGUUGCGUGCGGUGGAGGCGGUGGUGCGUGUGGCGGCGGCGGAGGAGGAGGAGGAUGCGGCGGUGGCGGAGGAGGAGGAUGCGGCGGUGGCGGCGGCGGCGGAGGUUGCUGA